AUGCGACUGAGGCUCGUGAAGGACGAUCUCGACGCCAUCGAAGAUGGCAUCUUGAACAAGCUUCGGCACCAGCGCCAACAGGCCCGCCCUGGGGAGAAGAGCAACAGGUGGACCUUGCUGGAGCUUUCGAGGAUGCACGGUCAUGUGACUAUUUUGUGCGAUGUCUACACAGGCAUGAUAGCUGCUGACGGAGUAGUUUUCUGGCAGCGCCCUCCAUGUUACCAGGGCCGCGCCGCGUCACUUCCCAGAGGACUCGGCGGUGCCGGUGGCUCACCAGUUUUGUGCAGAGGUCUCAAGUCUACGCAAUGCUUGAAGUUGCGAGAGGAACCUCUAUCAUAG